UCACUUUGGCAUGCAUGCGACAACGACAGCAGAAGCGACAGGGAUGGGCGGAGCCACAGAGCAGGCAAGCGCCGGCCCACCAACUACAGCGCUGGUGGCACCGUCCAAGGCAAUGGUAGACGGACGGCCUCUGAUGGCGCACCUGCGUACGCUGCACCAGAAGGCAUCGCGGGCACUCAUCCUGGGCCAGGGGGCAGCCGCCUGGAACCUGUGCCGCGAGGCCAUCCAGUACUGCAACAUCGAGGGGCUCACGGAGGAGUAUGGCGAGGAGCAAGCGCGCCAGCUGAGCUGCCGCCUGUGGAUCCUGUACAUUUGCGUGCUGAGCAGCCUGACGGAGCUGGCAGCGUCAGAUGGGCAAAUCCAGGUCAAAGCGCACCAAUAAGGAUGCGGCGACGCUGGAGAAGCUGCCCGGGUCUGUGCGCCAGGUGUGGGAUGCGAUUAUGCGUGCGUUUGGCGGUUACGCGGGUAACGUCGACAGCGAGGUGCUGGUACCUACGGUGCUGCUGUGCCUGAAGCUGCGGGACGCCAAGACAGCAAGGGAUAUUGUGGAGGCGUGGUUCGCGACGCUGUCGGACGACACAAUGUAUCUGCUGCAAAACGGCAACAAGGGUGCAGGGAAGAUUGUCCAAAACAGGCAGCAGCGGGCAACCAUGGUGCAGGCAUCGUAUAUGCGGGUGUGUGAGCUGUACACGCUGCAUAUCCUGCCGCAGCUGAACGACUUUGACAGCGCGUACACGUUCCUUGACCUGUCGACUGUGGUGUCGGCACACACCAAGGAUGGGUUUGUGAAGCGGCUCGACUCGCUGCGCAACCCGACCCCGCCCAAGAAGCUUGCAAAACAGCAUCGUAGCAAGGCGAAGAAGGCAAAAAAGGCCAAGGCCAGCAAGGCGCCAGCUGUUGAAGAGCCCAAGGCUGAGACUGCGAGGACUGCGGAGACUGCCGAGCCCGCCCUGAAGGCUGCUGCGGAGACGGCUAGCGACAAUGCGGCAGCUGGCCCGACGGCAGUAGUGGCCCGGGGCAAGCUGCCGAGCCUGGCUGCGGUGCAGUCGCGGGCGACAGCCACCAGCAACCGGACCCGCACGCGGCCCGCGGUCAAGACGCGCUCGCUGGUGCGGCGGCCGCGCGGCGUGGUGCAGAUUGCGUACGAUGUGGUGAGGCGGCUGUUCUCGCGCUGGGGGUUCACGCUGUUCACGCUGGCGAUCCUGGCCGCGGUGCUGCGCCUGGUCAUGCAGCGGUUCCGGCUACCGCCCAUCCUCAAUGCCAUUACGCGCAAGCUGUGGAACACAUGGAAGAUGGGCACACAAGUCACGUACAUCUAAGACAUCUUUUUCCUAUCCAAGACAUGUAUUUUUCCCCUCCUCCCUCCCGCUCCA